AUGGCAAUGCUGGCCAGAGUUGCAUUUGGUUCUACAAUUGCAGCCAAGAUGUCACUCCUCAUGCUUCCUACUGAAAGGCAUUAUCCAGCAAAGGCUGCAUAUAGGGGAGGGAGCAUUAUGAGUACAAUAAUAGCGAAGUUCACGACAUUUGACUUGUUUGAACGAGCAAAACAGUCACCAUUCAAGCAAUUCUUCUUAGCUCCGCCUCUACAAUAUUCUGGAGUUAUUAUUCACCAGUUACUGCUUAGGAGAGUUGUUGGUAGAGGAAAGAACGAAUACUGCUUGAAUUUUAAUAUUUGUGGUCAGAAUACAAGGUUUGGAAUUAGUGAAUUUGGUUUGAUCACUGGAUUGAAUUGUGGAAUUUCUCCGGAUCAGGCAAAGUAUAAAGAAAUGACCAAGAGUAAAAGACUUCUCCAGACAUACUUGAACAAUAAAGAAUGUUUGUCUUCUGAAGAGUUGGAAGAUGGAUUCAAAAGGUGCGAUGUGAAAGAAGACGUAUGGAAAUUAGGUCUAUGUUUUUUGGUAGACUCUCUUUUAUUACCUAGUGAACCAAAGAAGAAAUGCUUUAUUGAUGUCCUUUCCAUCGUGGAAAAUGAAGAUGACUUCUUCAACUAUCCUUGGGGGAGAUUAUCGUACGAGAAGACAUUAUUCGGCUUGGCAAAAGAUAUGGAAAGGCUAAGGAAUAAAUACUUGAAGAAUGUUGAGCAAAAGAGAAAAAGACCAGCACCUCAGUACACAAUUUAUGGUUAUGCCAUUGCUCUGCAAUAUUGGGCCUAUGAAAUUUUCACAAAGUUCUCUGCAUUUGCUGAUCAACAACCCCUGGCCUUUCCAAGAAUGCUUAGCUGGUCAGCGCAUAAAAUGCUGAAAGAGAAAGAUAUUGAAGGUGUAUUUAAGAAAAAAAGUAAUCUUGUGAAGGCCACGCUCAAUCCAAGACCCGAAGAGAAAGAAUUUCAUGACUCUAUUAUUCAAGGACCAGAUGAACUACUCAUGGGACAUGUUAUUAGCUUUGUAGACGAUGAUGUGGAAUUGGAGUUUGAAAGGGAAGAACGUGAGGAAUCUCCCACAAAGCCCGAUGUAGCAGAUGGGCAUCGUCACGAGCAAGACAAGAAAGAGAUACCAACUCCAAUUAACACCCACCAUGAAAAGUUGUUAGCUGAUAUUGACACUUUGAAAAGUAACCAACAAAGAAUGGAGGAGAAGUUGGAUUAUCUAAUUGAAUUAGUGCUCUCGCAACGUAAAGGUAGUGAUUCUGAGGAUUCAUUAUCAGAUGAGCAUCUUGCUUCACCACACCGUACAUUUAUUAUGGAGCACGUUGUUGGAGAAGAUAGCCCUAGCUGUAAGGUGGUAUCUCCUGGAGAUAUGGCUGGGGUGGAAUUCAAGAGAAGGAGGGUUCCAACGAAAAGAAUUUUUGGUUCCGAGUUUACUGAUCCAACUAAGAAGAAAAAGAAAGCAUAG